AUGCCCACCGCACAAGCCACCAGACAACAGACCACCGCACACAGACGACCGCACACAGACCACCGCAGACAGACCACCGCACACAGCCAACCGCACAACAGACCACCGCAGGACAGACCACCGCAGACACACCACCGCAUGACAGACCACCGCACACAGGACCACCGCAGACAGACACAGACCACCCACACAGACCACGGCAGACCAGACCACCGCACACAGACCACCGCCAACCGCACACCGCCCUACCGCACACAGACCAGGCAGACAGACCACCGCACACAGACCACCGCAGAGAGACGACCGCACACAGACCAACCGGAGACAGACCACCGCAAACAGACCCACCGCACACAGACCACCGGAAACAGACCACCGCCCCACAGACCACCGCACACAGUACACCGCAGACAUACCACCGCACACAGGACCACCGCAGACAGACCACCGCACACAGACGACCGCAGACAGACGACCGCAGACAUACCACCCGCAGACAGUACCACCGCAGACAGACCCACCGCACACAGACCACCGAGACAUGACCACGCAGACAGACCACCGCAGACAGACCACCGCACAAAGACCACCGCACACAGACCCACCGCACACAGACCCCUAAGAUUAGACCACAUCAUACAUACCACCGCACAACCUACCACCGCCUACAUACCACCGUCAGAAGGAAUUGACCAUUGUCCAUUCCAUGUGUCCUUGGCCAUUUGA